AUCGCAGGGGGGAAUCGGAGAUGGAAGGGAGAGGCUGCGGCGGAUGCAGCCGGCGAGCAGGGUGUGUGGCUGCGACUGGCGAGGAAGAAACAGAGCAGGCGACUGGCGAGGAAGAAUCGUAGAAGUUUAGAAGAAGUAACGGGAGGAAUGGGAGGAAACCCGGAUAUAAGAGGGGAAUUGGAAAGAGCCACAAACGGCUAGGAGAAAGGAAUUUUUUUGAGCAAUGCUACACACUACGGCUGUGCAUUAUUCGGUCCAGGCCAAAACCAGACCGGACUGGUCCUUAUUCGGUCCGGUCUCCGGUUUUUAAUAUUUUCUUAUUUGGGUUUCGGUCCGGUCCACUGGGUUUCGGUCCGGACUGGUGGACCAGUUAUAUUUUUUUUUUAAAUAUUUUUUUUAUAUAGUUUUAUAAUAUUAUAUUUUUUAAAGAUAUUUUCUUAUACUUAAAAAUUAAUUUAACUAUAAUACUAAAAGUUUUUAAAUAUUUUGAUUUUAUUAUUUAAUAUAAUUUUUUAAAUUUG